AUGGAAGUACUACUGCUGUCUCUGCUUGGACUGCGGAUGGUGACGGGAAUGGGACACUGGUGUGAACACACGGUGGAGGAGAGAGUGGAACGCGUCCUGUCCCCCCGUCUGCAGCUUGAAGUGAGCUGUUCUGAGGUGUACCAGUAUAACACGCAGGGCUGGAGGCUGGACGUAGAGAGGAUGCGUGCCAAGCAUGGGGGCGAUGAUGGCAUUGCACUCUACUACAAACAACAGGGUCCCAGGGCAUCCUGCUUUUUGUACAAACCCCCAGAGAUGGAGAGCCAGAAGGUGAAUAAGACAGUGAGGGGCUGCUGUGAGGGCUGGGGAGGACCUCGCUGCUCACAGGGUGUUGGUGUGCGUGGUCACUGUUACUCUACGUGGAGUUGUGAGGAGUUCCCUGGAGUCCAUAACUCCUCCCUGAUGCCUAUGGAGCAGUGUUGCAGUAGCCUUUGGGGUCUGAGCUGGAGGAACGCCUCCGACCAGACCUGCCUGUCUUGUACCUACACUCUGCUGCCUGACUCCCAGUCAUCCCCGCUGGUCCGUGGUGGCCUGCUGGGCAGCAUCAGGGACCCUCAGGGUUCAGCCACCUGCAUGACCUGGGGUGGGACCCACUAUCGCACUUUUGACAGGAAGCACUUCCACUUCCAGGGCAGCUGCACUUACCUGCUGGCCUCAUCCACUGAUGGGACCUGGGCAGUCUAUAUCAGUACGGUGUGUGAUGGAAGAGGAGACUGCAGUAAGGCUCUGAGGAUAAUGCUGGGUCUAGACCUGGUUUCAAUUCAUCACAGGAACUUAACGCUGAACAGCCUCCCUGUCCCACAUGGAGAGCCACUCUUCCAAAAUGGAGUGAGUGUCCACUGGCUGGGCGACUUUGUGUUUGUGGAGAGCAGCCUGGGGGUGAGAGUGAAGUUUGACCUGGCCAACACAGUAUACCUGACAGUGACCGCUGAACACCUGGCAGUCACCAGGGGGCUCUGUGGAGUCUACAACAAUAAUGCAGAUGAUGAUUUCACUACAAUAAGUGGAGCUGUGUCACAGUACGCUGCCAGCUUUGGCAAUUCAUGGAGAGUUCCUGACCAGCAGAAUGAGGGCUGCAGUGAUGCGGCGGAGCUCGGUCACAGCUGUGAUGUGUCAGGGGACGUCGCUCUGCGCAGGCAGGCAGAGUCUGUGUGUCACCGACUGCUGGAGAGCCCCUUCACACAUUGCCACCUCCGGGUGGACCCGGCAGCCUACAUAGACACCUGUCUGUACCUGUACUGUAGCUUGGGUCCCAGAGAGAGGGAGGGGGCAGUGUGUGACACCUUGGCCAGCUACGCCCGAGAGUGUGCCCAGCAACACGUCAUAAUCAUCUGGAGGACGGCCACCCUCUGUGGUCGUGUCUGUCCCAGAGGUCAGGUAUUUUCGGACUGUGUGUCCUCAUGUCCCCCCAGCUGCACGUCUCCUCACCCCCCUGGGCCUGCGGCAGCCUUGGGUCAGUGCAGGGAGGAGUGUGUUGGGGGAUGUGAGUGUCCGCCCGGCCUCUACCAUCACCAGGGACUCUGUCUAAAAAGGGAUGAUUGUCCUUGUUUCCAUCGCAGACGCACCUACCAGUCAGGUGACACAAUCCAGCAGAGGUGCAACACAUGUGUGUGUAGAGCAGGUCAGUGGCAGUGUACAAGGGAGAGGUGUGCUGCCCAGUGCAGCCUAAUGGGAGCGCUACAGAUCACCACCUUUGACAAGAAGAGGUAUUCACUACAGGGAGGAGACUGUUCCUUCACUGCUGUAGAGGACUUUGUUGACAGGAAGCUUGUGGUUAGAGUGCGCUCUGGUGAGUGUAUGACAGUGGGAGGAGGAGGAGGAGGAGGAGGAGGACUGGACUGUCUAAGGGAGAUGUCAGUCACAGCGCUCCGCACCACAGUCACCAUCACUGACACUGGCAUUGUGACACUGAACGGCCAGAGGGAGGUGUUGCCCGUGGUGACAGGGGAUCUGGUUGUGCGUAAGGCCUCGUCUUCCUUCCUCCUUAUCCAGGCGUUUGGGGCCCAGCUGCUGUGGCACCUAGAUGGACCCUUGGCCCUCAUCACCUUGCAACCUGGCUUCACGAGCAAGGUGCGUGGUCUGUGUGGCACACUGACCUGGACCCAGCAUGAUGACUUCACCACACCAGAGGGAGACGUGGAGAACAGCGUGUCAUCCUUCGCAGCCAAGUUCACUACAGAGCGCUGUGUCCUGCCCCGAGGAGCCCCGCCUGACCCCUGCACCACGUACACCCAACGCAGACACUACGCAGACAGCGUGUGCUCCAUCAUACACAGCCCAGUCUUCCAGGCAUGUCAUGAUGUGGUGGAGAGGGAGCCCUACCUGCGUCUCUGUCUGUCCGAGGUUUGUGGCUGUGCCCCGCAGAAAACCUGCCACUGCACCGUCCUCACCGCCUACGCCCGACACUGUGCCCAGGAGGGCGUCACCGUCCCCUGGCACAACCACACCUUCUGCCCGGUCCAAUGUUCAGGGGGUCAGGUGUACCAGGAGUGUGGCCGGGCAUGUGGAGGCUCGUGUGCAGACCUGCGACAGGGCUGGAGCUGCAACGAUGAUGAUGAUGGUGUUGGUGGUGAAGGGAGCAUUAGGAAUUGUGUCCCAGGUUGCCAGUGCCCUCCAGGACUAGUGCAGGACCACCAAGGCCAGUGUGUGCCCAUCAAUAUGUGCCCAUGUGUGCAAGGAGACAAGAUGUAUCAGCCUGCUGCUAUCAUUCAAAACAACUGCAACACCUGUGUUUGUGAGCGGGGGCUGUUAAACUGCACAGAGGAGCGCUGUGAGGAGGUGAACCUGUGUCCUGGCUCCUUGGUCUACUCCCCACGCUCCUGCCUCCUCACCUGCUCCAGCCUGGACCCCCCUAACCAGCAGCAGGGGCCCACCGCUGCCCAGCCCGGCUGCCGAGAGCCCCUGUCUGGCUGUGUCUGUCCACAGGGCACUGUGCUACUGGGUGAUCGCUGUGUCGCACCAGAGGAAUGCCCGUGUCACCAUAAUGGCCGACUCUACUACAGCAAUGACACCAUCACUAAAGACUGCAACACAUGUGUGUGUAAGGACCGUCGGUGGCACUGCGGCCAGUCUGCCUGUGCCGGCGUGUGUGUGGCAACGGGUGACCCGCACUAUGUGACAUUUGAUGGGCGCUGCUACUCCUUCCUGGGCGACUGCCAGUAUGUGCUGGCGAGGGAGGUCGGCGGCUUGUUCAGCGUCACAGCGGAGAACGUGCCCUGCGGCAGCACCGGGGUCACCUGCACCAAGUCGGUCACCCUCAGCCUGGGGAAUACAGUCAUACACCUGCUGAGAGGUAAAGCUGUGACAGUGAACGGGAUGCCAGUUACUCUGCCCAAGUCCUACAGUGGCAGUGGCCUGACUCUGGAAAGAGUCGGCUUGUUUGUCUCCCUCUCCUCCCGACUGGGGGUCACUCUGCUCUGGGAUGGAGGUAUGCGUGUGUAUGUGCGUCUGGCAGCCCACCUGCGGGGUCGGAUGGGGGGGCUGUGUGGUAACUUUGAUGGGGAUGCAGAGAAUGACUUCACCACACGGCAGGGCAUCGUGGAGUCUACAGCGGAGCUGUUUGGAAACUCCUGGAAAAUCAGUCCGUCCUGCCCCGACGUGGCAGACCAGGACCUCCGAGACCCCUGCACUCUAAACCCCCACAGAGUGACAUGGGCAAGGAAAAGAUGUGCAGUCCUCACCCAGGAACUCUUCUCCCCCUGCCACUCCGAGGUGCCCUUCCAGCAGUACUAUGACUGGUGUGUCUUUGACGCCUGCGGCUGUGACUCAGGCGGGGACUGUGAAUGUCUCUGUACGGCCAUUGCUGCUUACACUGAGGAGUGUAAUCGUCGAGGGGUAUACAUCCGCUGGAGGUCUCAGGAGCUCUGUCCCCUGCAGUGUGAAAACGGUCUGGUGUAUGAGGCCUGUGGUCCGGCCUGCUCUCCCACCUGUCCUAGUGCAGGACAGAGUCCCGACUCUCAGUGUGGCGCUCUCUCCUGUGUGGAGGGCUGCUUCUGCCCUGCUGGCACCGUCCGACAUGGUGAUAGCUGUGUGGCUCCCUCUCAGUGUCCAUGUGAGUGGGAGGGCUCCAUGUUUCCACCUGGGACCAGCAUCACUCAGUACUGCCAGAACUGUUCCUGUGAAGACGGUGUGUGGCGGUGUGAGGGUCUGGCUUGCCCUCGUCCGCUCCCCACCUGUCAGGAGUCAGAGUUUCGCUGUGCGGGGGGGCGCUGCAUCCCGUCCCAGUGGGUGUGUGACAAUGAGGAUGACUGUGGUGACGGAUCUGAUGAGAUCUGCCCGUCCACCUGCUCUCCAGACCAGUUCCGCUGUUCCAGCAGGCAGAGUGGACCCUGCUUGGAUCUGGCCCUGCGCUGUGAUGGCCACCCGGACUGUGCUGACCAAUCAGAUGAGGAGUUCUGUGGGCCUGCCACUCCUGUGCCCCUGUGCCCGCGAGGGGAGUUUCAGUGCGCCAAUGGAAAGUGCCUGCCGGCCAGCCGUGUUUGUGAUGGACGGCUGGACUGUGGCUUCGCUGACGGGUCUGAUGAGCAAGACUGUGGCGUGGUGUGUGAUGAGGGGGAGUUCCUAUGUGCUGGAGGACGCUGCAUUCUGUACCUCCACCGGUGUGAUGGACAUGAUGACUGCGGGGACCUAAGUGAUGAGAGGGGGUGUGUGUGUCCUCCAGGGGAGUUUCAGUGCCCUGGGGACAAGUGUGUCCCUGCAGACAGAGUGUGUGACGGACACAGAGACUGUCCCUCUGGAACAGAUGAAGCUGUCUGUCCGAGUAAAGUGACCUGUGCUCCUGGCCAGUUUGCCUGUACUGACGGUACAUGUGUGACCAUGACGAAGCUGUGUGAUGGAGCAACAGACUGUCCGGGUGGAGAGGACGAGAACAGGACCAUUUGCCUCACAAAUGUUACCGUGACAACAUCGCCCACACCCCAAACCCCGACUGUGCCCAUCUCGGCCUGUAGGCCGUAUGAGUUUGGCUGUGCCAGCGGAGGGCAGUGUGUGCCCCAGGCCUGGCGUUGUGAUGGGGAGACAGACUGUAUGGACGGCAGCGAUGAGCAGCAGUGUCCUGCAGCUCCCUGCGGCCCCGGCCAGGUGCCCUGCCUCAGCGGGGAUCAGUGUGUGGACUAUCAGCAGCUUUGCGAUGGCACCCCACACUGCAGGGACGCCUCCGAUGAGAGCUUAGACAACUGUGGUUCCACUCGGAUACCUCCCUGCCCAGGCAGCUUCCCAUGUGACAACCGCACCUGUGUGAACAUGUCACAAGUGUGUAACGGCGUCCCAGACUGUCCACGGGGCGACGAUGAGCUGGUGUGUGAUAAGACAGUCUCACCAGUGCCCCCAGGCAAUAAGAACACCACAGUCACCUGUCCUGAAUUCACCUGCAUGGAUGAAUCCUGCAUCCCCUUUAACAUGGUGUGUAAUGGUGUGGCAGACUGCCCUGACUCAUCCCUAGCACCACUUGGGGGUGCCACAGAUGAAGAGGGCUGUAGGAGCUGGGGCCCCUGGGGUUCCUGGAGCCCCUGCAGCACCUCCUGUGGGACAGGCUCCAUGAGCCGGCAGAGGCACUGCCCUCCAGGGGACCCACUGCGCCACUGUCGGGGUCAGGAUGUCCAGAGGCAGCAGUGCUUCAAUACCACCUGCCCGGUGGAUGGCCAGUGGAUGCCGUGGGUCAGCUGGUCCAACUGCUCCAGUGGUUGUGGUGGUGUGGAGGUCAGACACAGAGGCUGCAUCCCGCCUCGCUACGGAGGCAGAGACUGUUCUCAGCUGCCAGGACAACCCAACCUGGCCAUGGAAAUCAAGCCUUGUCCUCAGGAUGGUUGUGCCAACAUGAGCUGUCCCAGUGGCCUGGUGAGACACAGCUGUGCUCCCUGCCCGGUAUCCUGUGCCCACAUCAGCAGUGGCACGACCUGUGAUCCCGCGGCUCCCUGUUUCUCAGGUUGCUGGUGUCCAGAGGGCCGGGUGAUGAGCCACACGCAGCAGUGUGUGCUGCCAGAGGAGUGCAUGUGUGAGGUGGCUGGUGUCCGCUACUGGCCAGGCCAGCAGGUGAAGGUGGACUGUGAGAUCUGUGUGUGUGAAAGAGGAAGGCCUCAGCGAUGCCAGCCCAACCCAGAAUGCUCGGUGCACUGUGGCUGGUCGUCCUGGUCUGAGUGGGGAGAGUGUUUGGGCCCCUGCGGUGUCCAGAGUGUCCAGUGGUCGUUCCGCAGCCCUAACAACCCCACCAAGCACGGAGACGGGAGGACGUGCCGAGGAAUCUACCGGAAAGCCCGCCGCUGCCAGACGGACCCCUGCGAGGAGUGUGAGUACCAGGGCCAGUCCCAUGCAGUGGGAGAGAGAUGGAAGACGGGCCAGUGCCAAUUAUGCCACUGUCUGCCCAACCUCACAGUGCAGUGCUCCCCCUACUGCCCGUAUGCCGUCACUGGAUGCCCUCUGGGCCAGAGUCUGGUGCCUGGAGAGGGAGACAGGUGUUGUUACUGCCAAGGUAAAGGAGGUAAUGCCACUGUUCCUGCCACUGUGACGCCCAAGCCAUCAGAGGGCCCCAUAACCCCGGUGCCCACCUACCCACUUCCUCCUGGUGACGAGUGCUGGUCUCCUCUGGGUGUCCAGAUUCUCCCAGCCUCCAGUUUCACUGCUUCGUCCCAACAGCCUGGUCACCCACCUGGAGCUGCUCGCCUCCAUGGCUGGGACUCCCACAGCGACCUCCAGGGCUGGAGUCCAGAGCCAGAGGAGUAUAAGGACCUGCCACAGCGGAGCCCUGAUGGACAGAGCAGUACCAAGCCGAGCCCCUACAUACAGAUUGACCUGCUGAAGCCAUACAACAUCACUGGUGUGCUGAUCCAGGGUGGUGGUGUCUUUGACACCUAUGUGUCCAGCUUUUACCUCCAGUUCAGUCAGGACAGCAGACAGUGGCACACUUACCAGGAACUCAUCACUGAUGCUUGGCCCAGAGCCAAGGUUUUUCGUGGUAACGAUGAUGAUCGCGGGGUGGCUGAGAGCAGGCUGGACAGGAUGGUGUCAGCUCGCUUUGUCCGCUUGCUGCCACACGACUUCCAGAAUGGUAUCUACCUCCGCCUUGAGAUCAUGGGCUGUGCAGAGGGUUAUCACUGGCUGUCCACCGCCUCUCCUCCCUCUCCAGUCUCCCCUCCAGGAGGCUGCAGAGAGAAGGAGUUCCAGUGUAAAAAUGGCCGCUGUGUGCCAUCAGGUCCACUGGGAGUCAUCUGUGACGGGGUCAAUGACUGUGGGGACGGAUCUGACGAGAUGUACUGUGGUACACAGCCUUCUCCGACAGCCACCAGCCCACGCAGCUGCCCUGCUGGUCAGUUCUCCUGCCCUCCACCAGGGGGCUGCAUUGAUGCAGUGCUGCGCUGUGAUGGGAUCCCCCACUGUCCCAGAGGAGAGGACGAAACUGGCUGCCACCCUCACGACAAUGCCACCACUCAGUCAGACAGACCAUACACACCCACCCCUGCCCCUCUCAGGACUCCAUCCAUGGCUGCUGUCACUCACCCUGCAGUAAAGCCGACGGAUGGUGGUCCAGGAUAUCGUGGCAUUUGCUCCUCUGCCCUGGGACUGGAGGAUGGGAGGAUCCGUUAUGGUCAGCUGAGCUCAUCUACACACCGCGAGAACAAUCCUGCUGAUGCAGGGCGACUCAACAUAGUGCCCAAUGUUCUGAUCAUGGAGCCUGGUUGGAGCCCCUUGCCUACCGACCUCCAGCCAUAUUUCCAGGUGGACUUCCUGGAGCCCACUUGGAUUUCAGGGGUGGUGACCCAGGGCAGCGAGCGGAUGUGGGGCUACCUCACCAAAUACCGCCUGGCUUUCGCCCUGCAAAGCAGCCACUUCACAGAUUACACUGAAAGCGGCAAGCCCAGUGGCCCUGCUAAGAUUUUUGAGGUGCGCAUGGUGGGCAGGACCCCUGUGACCCGCUGGCUUGGUCGGCUGGUUCGAGCUCGCUACCUGCGCAUCAUCCCAGUGGAGUUCAGACACACCUUCUACCUGCGCGUGGAGAUCCUCGGCUGCAGAGGGGAUGAGCUGGUGACCCCCGGCAGUGUGACCACACCUCCCUCUGGUGGCAGAGAGGUGACAGUGCAGCGCUGUAAGCCAGGCCAGUUUGCCUGUCACCACAGUGAUGAGUGCGUCUCCAUCUCUGUUCUUUGUGACGGCCGAUUGGACUGCAAGGACCACUCUGACGAGAUCAACUGUGGCACAGCUCCAACGAGAGGCUCCCCAGGGCUGCGCAACCAGACAUCCCCCACAGGGAGACCAGGUUUCCAUGGUGACAGUACAACGGGAGCCCCAGGCCUCCAUACCACCAGGUCCCACGGCGGUCGUCCCGGUGUGGCUACGACAGCGAUUAGCCCUGGGGUUACAGGCCAACCAGGACUUCACAAAACCACUAAAACAAGUGCUGACCAGUGGACCACCAGGCACCCCUACCAGGAGCUGGGCACCACAGGUCAGCCUGGACUGCACCUCAGUGCGACCCCCCGUGCUGGAGGACCCGGUCUGCACACCACAACAGCCCCAUGGAUCAGCCCUACCCCUCAUGAUGGCGGCCUACCCAGGGUGCUUUGCGUGGAGGGCCAGUUUGCAUGCCGGACAUUUGGCUGUGUGGAUUCGGCGCAGGUGUGUGACGGCAGACAGGACUGUUUGGACGGGUCAGACGAAGAACGCUGUGGCACCACGGCCAGGCCGGCUAUAACCCCACAGCGCCCCCUGGUGCCCAGCCCGUGCUCUCCCAAACAGUUCUCCUGCGGCAGUGGGGAGUGUGUUCACCUGGACCGCAGGUGUGAUCUGCACAAAGACUGUGUGGAUGGAUCAGACGAGAAAGACUGUGUGGACUGCAUCAUGUCUCCAUGGACGACGUGGAGUCAGUGCAGUGUCUCCUGUGGUUUGGGCUCCUUGUUUCGGCAGAGGGACAUCCUGAGGGAAGCUCUGCCUGGAGGGGCCUGUGGUGGCGCCCAGUUUGACAGCCGAGCCUGCUUUCCUCAAGCAUGUCCAGUUGAUGGCCACUGGUCUGAGUGGACAGAGUGGUCAGAUUGUGAUGCCGAGUGUGGCGGAGGCAUCAGGAGGAGGAACCGGACCUGCUCAGCUCCUCCCCCUAAGAACGGCGGGCGGGACUGCGAGGGCAUGACCCUGCAGAGCCAGAGCUGCAACAACCAACCCUGCAGCCCAGGGACCGGCACACAGACAGGCUGCGUUGGCGGCAUGGUGCUGGUGACCGAGGCAGACUGCCUGGCAGGGAGAGUUGAGCCCUGCCCUCCUACCUGCUCACAGCUCAGCUUGACCAACAACUGCACUGGAACAUGUGAACUGGGGUGUCGCUGUCCUGAUGGCCGCUAUCUGCAGGAGGGGAGAUGUGUUAACGCCAGCCAAUGUGUCUGUCACUGGGACGGGCUGAUCCUGCAGCCCGGACAGGCCGUCAGCAGGGACCAGUGCACCACAUGUGUUUGCAGAGAUGGACAAGUCAUGUGUGACAACUCAAGCUGUGUGACAAGCUGUGAUUGGUCAGCUUGGUCGUCAUGGUCACCAUGUGAUGUGACCUGUGGUCUGGGUCUACAGCAGCGUUACAGGUCACCAGUGAACCCAGCAGGGCCAGUCCGAGUCCAGCCCUGUCCAGGAGACUCCUCUGAGGCCCGUCGGUGCUUCAGCCCCUGCCUCCCUGCGGCACCAGAUGGAGUUUGGAGCAAAUGGACUGCAUGGUCAGAGUGCAGUAAGACCUGUUUCCACCACGUGGACGACGUCGGGCUCAGGCGACGCUUCCGAAGCUGCAGCCACACACACACAUCCUCCAAACACACACACAUGUACUCCAACCAGACUGACGUGCAUGCUGCCUGUGAUGGGGACAGUGAGGAGCAAGAGCCUUGUAAUACCGUGCACUGUCCAGUGAACGGAGGCUGGUCAGAAUGGUCACCGUGGUCUCUGUGUUCCUCUGAGUGUGAUUCCGGUGUCCAAACAAGAGAGCGACUCUGCAACUCACCCUCACCACUGCAUGGAGGCAGCAGCUGCCCCGGGCCACACAUACAAACAAGAGACUGCAACUCCCAUCCCUGCUCAGGUGUGUGUCCAGAGGGCAUGGUCUACAUGACAGCAGAUGAGUGUGAGGCUCACGGCGGCGCGUGCCCUCGGGUGUGUUUGGACAUGACCGCAGCAGAGGUGCAGUGUGCCACGGCGUGUUACGACGGCUGCUACUGCGCCCUGGGUUUCUACCUGUUCAAUGGAAGCUGUGUUCCCUUGGCCCAAUGCCCGUGCUACCAUCAGGGGGAGCUGUACCCAGCUGGUGCCACAUUGCCUGUGGACAAAUGCAAUAACUGUACCUGCACUAAUGGAGUCAUGGAGUGCCCGACUGCUCCUUGCCCUGUGGAUUGUGGGUGGAGUAGCUGGACCCAGUGGAGUGCGUGCAGUCGGACGUGUGAUGUCGGUGUGAGGCGGCGGUAUCGCUCUGGGACCAAUCCCCCGCCGUCGUCAGGGGGUCGGCCCUGCAAAGGAGACAGAGUGGGGAUGGAUACCUGCAGCAUCGAGCCCUGCUUUGGUGUGAAGGAGCCGUGGGGUGCGUGGUCGGAGUGUUCGGUGACGUGCGGAGGAGGUUACCGGAACCGAACCCGUGGGCCGAUCCGAACCCACGGCACCGCUCAGCAGUUUAGUGCUUGUAACCUGCAGCCCUGUGGUGAUGGCAGGGUGUGUCCGCCGGGCCAGGAGUGGAAGCAGUGUGUGAAGGGCGCAGUGUCAUGUGCAGACCUCACCAUGGGUCUCAGCAGGAACUGUACACCCGGCUGCCAGUGUCCACACGGGACUGUCCAGCAGGACGGAGUGUGUGUGCGGGAGUCUGAGUGUCGCUGUGACGUGGACGGGGAGCGGUACAAGCCGGGAGACGUCGUCCCCAGAGACUGCAACAACUGCACAUGUGAAGCAGGGAGGCUGAUCAACUGCACUCAACUCAGCUGUAAUGUGGAUGGCCAGUGGUCCCUGUGGACUCCUUGGGGUCAGUGUUCGGUGUCGUGCGGAGCAGGUCUCCAGUCUCGGUACCGGUUCUGCUCCAGCCCCCAGCGCUCCGGGAGUGGCCUGCCCUGCCUCGGACCACAUCGUGAGGACCAAGUCUGCAUCACUGCCCCCUGUGACCGUGACGGUGGCUGGGGUCAGUGGAGCAACUGGACCGACUGCUCCAAGUCAUGUGGUGGGGGCGUCCGGAGCCGGAGGAGGGAGUGUGACAGUCCCAGUCCAGAGGGCGAGGGGAACUACUGCGAGGGACUGGGAACUGAGGUCAAAGCCUGUAACACUGACCACUGCCCAGUGGCUCCAUGCUCCCAGGUUCCCGGGACAGUGUUCAGUAGCUGCGGUCCCUCGUGCCCUCGCUCCUGUGAUGACCUGGCUCACUGUGAGUGGCGUUGUGAGGCGGGGUGCUACUGUACAGAGGGAAAGGUCCUAUCUGCUAACGGGACGGCCUGUGUAGAGAGGGAAGACUGUCCCUGUCUGCACCUCAGCACGGGACAGCGGCUGCAGCCAGGAGAGACCACCACAGCCCCUGACGGGUGUAACAACUGCACCUGCACUGGUGGGACGCUCAACUGCACCAGUGACCCCUGCCCAGUGUCAGGUGGCUGGUGUGAGUGGUCGGAGUGGACGCCUUGCUCCAGGACUUGCGGCGCGGAGUCGGUGUCUCGCUACAGGAGCUGUGGCUGUCCUGAACCCAAGGCUGGAGGGGCGGCGUGCCCUGGAGAGCAGGAGAUCCACAACGGGGUCGGGGUUCAGAUCCAAAGGCAGCCCUGUCCUGUCAUCUCCUUCUGUCCCGUCCAUGGUUCAUGGAGUCCCUGGUCAGCGUGGUCAGAGUGUGAUGGCUGUGCCGGGUCGUCUAGACGUACUAGGGAGUGCAACAGUCCUCCCGCCAGGUUUGGUGGCCUGCCGUGUCUUGGAGAGAGCAGGCAGAGUCAUGGCUGCCAUGACAACAGCACCGUAUGCUCAGACUGUGGUGGAGGCCAGGAAGAAUGGCCUUGUGGGAAGCCCUGCCCUCGCUCCUGUUCAGACCUCCAUGGUGACACCGUGUGUUUGGACUCCACUGGGUGCAGCAAGACCUGCGGUUGUCCGGGCGACAUGGUCAUGCAGGACGGAGUGUGUGUGUCCAGAGAGGAGUGCCGCUGCAAAUACCACAACAGCACUGCUACUGGUGGUCUUGAUUCCAGUAAUGCAUCAUGGGUAUGGCCUGGUGGGUCUGACUGGCAGUUUGCAAAUCCGGGAGACAGCAUCAUCAGCGACUGCAAAAACUGUUCAUGUGAGGCUGGCGUUUUGCAGUGUCAGUCAGUCCCCGGUUGCCAUGUCGAUGGCGGCUGGAGCCAGUGGGGAGCCUGGACAGAGUGCUCACUUCCCUGCGGAGCUGGAGUCAAGUUCAGGAGACGUCAGUGUGAUAACCCGUCACCGCAGAGUGGUGGGCGGGGCUGUCUGGGCACCGCUGAGCAGCAGAAAGACUGCAACACACACCCCUGCACAGAGUCGGUAGGUCCGUGGCUGCCGUGGUCUCAGUGGUCAGUGUGUUCAGUCAGCUGUGGUGGAGGGCAGCAGUCCCGCUCUCGCCGCUGUAGCUCCCCGCCCUGCAGCGGCCUCAGCCGGCAGAGCAAGACCUGCAACACGCAGGUGUGCCUCGAGGUGGGCUGCCCUCCUGGCAGGCUGUACAGGGAGUGUGAGCGAGGUGAAGGUUGCCCGUUCAGCUGCGCCCAGGUCAGCGGCAGGGAGGGCUGCUACUCAGACGGCUGUGAGGAGGGCUGCCACUGUCCCCCGCAAACCUACCAGCAUCAUGGACUCUGUUUCCAGGAGUGUCCGUGUCUGGUAGACAGAGAGUUCCUGGCCGCUCUGCAGAGUGUUUCUGUCACACCUCUCUCCUCUCUGCUCCUCCAUAACGUCUCAGAGGGAGUGGAGCUCCAGUCUGGAGACACAGUGGUCCAUGACUGCAGCUCCUGCUGGUGUGAGCAUGGCAGAUGGAACUGUUCCCUGGAGCACUGCCCAGUAGACGGUGGUCUGUCACCCUGGGGCCCCUGGAGUCCCUGCUCCUUGUCUUGUGGAGGUCUGGGACUGAAGACUCGCUCCAGGGGCUGCACCCAUCCUGCCCCGGCCCAUGGAGGGAGAGACUGUCAGGGGCCACGCCAGGAAACUACAUACUGCCAGGCCCCUGAUUGCCCAGUGAUUGUUGGUCCUACAGAAGAACCCGGCAUACCAGAUGAGGAUGCUGGCUUCUCUCCCUGGUCGUCGUGGAGUCCCUGCACGAAGACUUGCAGUGAUGCUCUCAGCCCGGCCAUGAAAUCCCGUCACCGAAGUUGUAUCAAACCUCCCUGCUUUGGAGACUCACAUCAGGAGAAGGCCUGCAACCUGCCCCAGUGUGGUGGUGAGGUCUGUGUUGGGGAGGACUGUGCCCGGAGGAACUGUUCCUGGACAGAGUGGGGGGAGUGGAGCUCCUGUUCACGCUCCUGCGGCGUUGGCCAGCAGCAGAGGAUCCGAACCUUCCUCAGCCCGGGAAGCAACGGGUCGUGGUGUGAAGACAUCCUGGGAGGAAACCUGGAGCACCGCUUCUGUAACAUCAGGCCCUGCCGAGUGGAUGGAGGCUGGUCCAGGUGGAGCCCUUGGUCCCGCUGUGAUAAGCGCUGUGGCGGUGGACGCUCCAUACGCACUCGUUCCUGCUCCAGCCCACCGCCCAAAAACGGAGGAAAGAAGUGUGAAGGAGAGAAGAACCAAGUCAAACCUUGCAAUACCAAACCCUGCGGUGAGAAAGGAUGCCCACCGGGCCAGGAGUUUGUGUCCUGUGCCAACGAGUGCCCCCAGCGCUGCUCUGACCUCCAGCAGGGCAUUGAGUGCCAGGGAAACACUGAAUGCCAGCCUGGCUGUCGCUGCCCUAAAGGCCAGUUGCAGCAGGAUGGGGUGUGUGUGCAGCUUUGGCAGUGUGACUGUGUGGACUCGCUGGGACAGAGCUGGGCGGCAGGCAGCUGGCAUCAGGUGGACUGUAACAACUGCAGCUGCUCGGAUGGACAGCUGCUCUGCACCAAUCACAGCUGCCAGCCCACCUGCAGUUGGAGCUCCUGGUCCAAUUGGGCGGCGUGUAGCACCUCCUGUGGACAGGGCCAGAGAACCAGAUACAGGUCCCUGAUCCCAGAGGCUGCAGGGAAAGACUGCCAGUUUGAGGAAGUCCAGCAUAAACCAUGUAACCCCGGAACCUGCCCGCCCCUGUGUCUCCAUGACGACCAGGAGCUCAGUGUGGGAGACACCUGGCUGCAAGGAGAGUGCAAGCAAUGUACAUGCACGCCCGAGGGAGAUCAUUGCCAAGACAUCGACUGCCGAGUGGAUGGCGGUUGGACCCCAUGGUCGGUGUGGUCUGACUGCCCGGUGACCUGUGGAAGGGGGACACAAGUUCGAACCCGGGCGUGUGUCAAUCCUCCACCACGUAACAAUGGGUCUCACUGCAGCGGGCCAGAGAGGGAAGUCCAGGACUGUCACACCCCUCCCUGUCUGGAUGACCUUUGCCCCUGGUCGCCAUGGUCACAAUGCUCCCGCAGCUGUGGUGCGGGGUCUGUGGUGCGACGCAGGCUGUGUGUGUGUGAGGAAGCAGGUGACACAGCCUGUCCCGCCGAGAUCGAGGCUGAGAGGAACCGAGAGGAGACCCAGCUUUGCUACAAACAGCCCUGUCCAGCCUGUCCCAUGUCGCAGUGGAGUGUGUGGUCCCAGUGCUCCUGUGAGUCUCAGAGGCAGCAGCGCUACCGUUUAGCUCUCUCCCCGGCCACCAGGGGGCAACAGUGCACUCCUGUGGAAACACAGAGCAGAGCGUGCAGCCUCAGUCACUGUGGAGACUGUCAAGCCCCGUUCGUCUACUUGGAGUGUGGUGUGCCGUGUGAGAAGCAGUGCGCCUUGCAGGGUCACAGAGAUCUGUGUUUAGGUGUCAGAGAGUGUACGCCUGGCUGCUACUGCCCACAGGGUCUGUUGCAGCAGAACGGUACCUGUGUUCCUCCAGAGCAGUGCGGCUGUAUCCACCUGCAGCACCAAGAUUCAGGACAGCCUCCCACCCCUGUCACUGUCCCUCAGGGGGCGUCAGUCACCAUAGGCUGCAGUACCUGCCUCUGCCACGAUGGAACUUUGGAGUGUGACGUCAGAGAGUGUGAAGUUAUUCUCAGCGAGUGGUCAGAGUGGACUUCGUGCUCUCCAUGCAUACCCUCGUCCUCCUCCAUGAAAAAUGGAGCUCUCCAGGCAGGGGUCGCUGUUGGCAGUAGCCUGGUCUCGGUCCAGAGGCGCUACCGGGCCUGUUUGGACCUGGACUCUGGUCUUCCCAUCUCUGGACAGGAGAAUGAGCCCCAGUGCACAGGACCGCUGGAGGAGGAGAGGCUGUGCCCAGAUGUGAACAUGUGCAGAGAUAUGUGCCAGUGGAGUGCGUGGAGCGUCUGGAGUGCCUGUGCGGAGCCUUGCAGCGGCGGGGUCAGGCAGCGGCACAGACGACCCCUGGCUUCCCCUCCAGGACCCCGCUGCAGGAGACAGGAGACGCAGAGCCAGAGCUGCAACACGGGACUCUGCCCAGGUGAGCGCUGUGAAGACAGGGGGCGGACCUACCAUGAUAGCUGUGCCAAUCAGUGUCCUCGCAGCUGCACUGACCUAUGGGAGCAUGUGCAGUGUCUCCAAGGAGCCUGUCAUCCAGGGUGUCGGUGUCCAGAGGGACAGCUGUCGCAGGACGGUCACUGUGUGCCCGUGACAGAGUGUCGCUGUGGUGUCCCAUCAGGCAACGGGACUCUGGAGUUCAGCCCGGGAGAGAACCUCACCAUGGACUGUAACACCUGUGUAUGUGAGAAUGGCACCUUGGUGUGCACCAAACUUCCCUGUCCAGUUUAUGAGCCCUGGAGCCAGUGGGGCCCCUGCUCAGCUUCCUGCGAGCAUGGCCACAGGACGAGGACGCGCCCCUGCCACGACGUGGAGGGUGGUCCCUCCUGCACUGACACCAUCCAGAGGGAGAGCUGUGAUCUGCCAGCCUGCCCAGCGGGUUGUGUGUUGAGCGAGUGGUCAUCCUGGAGUGAGUGCAGUGCCUCGUGUGGUGGUGGGGUGUCGGUGCGGAACAAGACGGUCCUCGCAGAGCCAGAGCCUGGCGGGACGGCCUGUGCUGGACCACUUGAGCAGCACAUUGUCUGCAACACCAACAGCUGCCUGCCUGAGUGUCCUGGUGGCCAAGUAUUCAGUGUGUGUGCUGGUUCCUGUCCAUACACCUGUGAAGAUUUGUGGCCAGAUACACAGUGUUUACCUGGACCCUGCACCCCUGGCUGCACCUGCCCCCCUGGACAGGUUUGGUAUAAAGGCUCCUGUGUGCCUCAUGCCAACUGUCCCUGUUCGCCUCGCUCGUUGCCAUUUGGCGACCAAAGCUGGAAUAUCAGUACUGAAGAGAUCACAGAGGCUCCACUGCCACCUGGAAUGACCAUCCAGCACCUUUGCAACACAUGUGUCUGCCAAGGUGGAGUGUUUAACUGCACCUCAGAGCCCUGCGAUGUCGACUGUGAGUGGUCCAGCUGGUCCCAGUGGAGCUCUUGCUCAGCGAGUUGUGGGACAGGGCGACGCAGCUCCACCAGAACCGUCCUGCGGCCCAGCCAGUACGGAGGGGCCCCAUGUGAAGGCCCCGCCCAGCGCACCAGUACCUGCCUUGCCCCUGACUGUGCAUGUCCUGACGGGGAGCGGUGGGGGAGGAGCGUGUCAGAGGACGUCCCGGUGUGUGAGAGGAGCUGCGAGGAGAUCUACGCCUCCUCUCCUGUCAACUGCAGCCGGUCUGCCGAGGGCUGCGUGUGUCAGGACGGGCUUUACCGAAACACAGAGGGUGUCUGCAUCAUCCCCGCCCUCUGCCCCUGCCAUGACCAGGGCAUGCUACGGGAGGCAGGAUCGGAGUGGGAGGAGGGCUGCCUGUCAUGUCGCUGUGUAAACGGGAAGAAACUGUGCCAGUCGAGGUGCCCGCCGCUCCACUGUGACGAGGGGGAGGUCAAGGUGGAGGAACCAGGCAGCUGCUGUCCAGUCUGUAGGAAAGAGUUCCCUGGCGAGCCGGUGCCAGAGUGUCGGCGCUACAUGCAGGUCAGGAACAUCACCAAGGGAGACUGUCGGCUUGACAACGUGGAGGUCAGCUUCUGCAGGGGACGCUGUCUGUCCAGGACCGAUGUAAUCCUGGAGGAGCCUUACCUCCAGUCGGUGUGUGAGUGCUGUAGUUACCGUCUGGACCCCGACAACCCGGUCCGCUUCCUCAGCCUCCGGUGUGAGAGCGGAGAGACUGAGCCCGUCGUCCUGCCCGUCAUUCAUAGCUGCGAGUGCACCAGCUGCCAAGGAGGUGACCUGUCCAGACGCUGAGCCUGUUCCUCGUGUGUGUGUGUGCGCCUGUGUGUAUACGUGCGAAUGUGAGUGUGUGCGUGUGUGUUCGAGUCACAGUGUGUGUGCACGUGAGAGAGUGAGAGAGCAGGAUAGGAGUGAGAAAGCCAAAGCGAGCGAGAGCGUCACACUGACAGCUGGCUGCGAGAUGCACAGAGGAUUCUGGGACGGACAGAUGGAAAGUCCGGGGCGGAGAUGGACAAGCGGAGAGAUGAACGAGGAGUCCGCAGCCCCUGUUAUGAUGUACACAUUGUUCUGUAGUCCUUAGUCAUCAUAUGACUGGAUGCUACUGUUCAUUAUAGAGUUCCUCUUCUGAAACUCUCCUGUUCUUCAGCCUGUACAGCCUUUUUCUUUUGUAUGUUUAUAAAAAUAAAAAAACAUAGCAGGACCUAUACAAUCCAAAUAAGACCUAUUACAUUUUGAGUGAAAAUACUGUAACUAUGUUCUAAAGAAAAACUAUAUGUCUUUAAAAGCAAAUCUUCAGUGUUAAAGUGAGCUGGUUAGAUGUUUCAUGCAUUCACGUUGCAGUACAUGCAGUUCCAGUGGAUUGGUCAAUAAACAUGU